AUGGAAGAUCAGGUAGUGAGCGCCAUCGAGAUCGCCUCGAAUCCGUCGGCAGACCAGACCGUCAAAAAGCAAGCCUUUGAAUACCUAAACCAGCUUCGUGCCGACCCCUCGGGAUGGCAGGUCUGCCUCGCUAUUUUCACACGAACGCCACGCCAUUCGGAGUUGGCUCGUCACGUUGCGCUCGAGAUUGUCAAUAGUGCUGCCCAGGCCGACCUGAUUGAGUUCCAGGGCUUGCAGUACAUUAAAGAUGGUUUGAUGGGGUAUUUACGGCAGGUCUACGGAAGUGAAGGAGCAGUCCCGGAUGGCGCUGCUAUUCAGAACAAGAUUGCUCAAACUGUGACAUAUCUAUUCUCAGCACUGUACGGCGCUGGAUGGGAAACAUUCUUUGACGAUCUUCUGAGCUUGACGACCACAGACCCGUCCACGAAUCUCCGUAACAACCCCCUCGGCGUCAUUUUCUACCUUCGAGUCGUCUAUUCAGUGCAUGAUGAGAUCGGCGAUGUCCUAGUGCCCCGGUCGCGUGAUGAGCAGGAAAAGGCAAAUACACUGAAGGAUCUUAUCCGUCAACGAGAUAUUCAAAAGAUUGCUGGCUCUUGGCAAGAGAUUUUGUCCCAAUGGCAGGAGGGCAAUGAUCAGAUUGUGGAAAUGUCGCUCAAGGCCAUUGGGACCUGGGUCAGCUGGAUUGAUAUCGGACUUGUAGUCAACCAGACAAUGCUCGAUCUCCUUUUCCGACAACUAUCCCGUGCACAAAAAUCUGAGUUGCGAGAUGGCGAGGAAAAAGUUCGUGAUGCUGCUAUUGAUGUCUUUACCGAGAUCGUGGCCAAGAAGAUGAAACCCGAGGACAAGAUUGAUAUGAUUGUAUUUUUGAAUCUGGACAGCAUUGUGACCCAGCUUUCCAACAGCCCACCAUUGAAUGAGAAUCGCUUCACCUCCAAAUACGAUACAGACCUUGCCGAAACCGUUGCCAAACUCGUCAAUAUAACCGUCAUUGAUAUUGUCCGUGCUUUGGAUAAUGACGCGGUUGCUGUUGCAACAAAGGAAAAAGCAAACAAUCUACUGCAGUCAUUCUUAACCCAUGUUCUCAGGUUCUUUUCUGAUGAUUAUGACGAGAUUUGCUCUACAAUCAUUCCGUGCGUCACGGAAUUGCUAUCUUAUUCCCGUAAAGUAUCCAAGUCGAAUCCCGAUAUUCAGAGCCAACAUGCACCCAUGAUAUUACCCAUUCUUAAAGCCAUCAUUGCGAAAAUGCGAUACGACGAAACGUCAUCUUGGGGCGACGAAGAUGACCAGACCGAAGAAGCCGAGUUCCAGGAACUUCGCAAGCGUCUGAACAAUCUCCAGCAAAUAGUUGCCGCGGCAAACGAACCUCUUUAUAUAGAUGCUUUGUCGGAGGUCGUGGGAACGACGUUCCAAAAUCUUCGCCAGUCGGGCGGUCAAAUGGAUUGGCGCGAUCUUGAUUUAGCUCUCCACGAGAUGUUCUUGUUUGGCGAACUCGCCGUCAAGUCUGGCGGACUCUAUACCAAGAAUAAAGCCAACAAUGUUGCCUCUGAAAGACUUGCCGAGAUGAUGAACAGGAUGGUAGAAUCUGAUAUCAGGUCAUUCACUCAUCCCGCGAUUCAGCUGCAAUUCAUGGAGAUUUGUGUUCGUUACAGCAGCUUCUUCGAGCGCCACACUCAAGUUAUCCCUGGCGUGCUGGAGAACUUCCUUCAGUUUGCACAUCAUCCGAUGGAAAGGGUGAGAACGCGCUCCUGGUAUCUUUUCUACCGCUUAGUCAAGGCUCUGAAAAUACAUAUUGGCAAUGUUGUGCAAACGGUCAUCGAGGCCAUUGCAGAUCUGCUGGUUAUUCGAGCCGAGCCACCUUCUGAAGCCGAUGACGGUGAUGACAUGUCUUCAGAUGAAAGCUCCGCAGACGCCAUCUUUACCAGUCAGCUUUACCUUUUUGAAGCUGUUGGCAUCUUGUGUUCUAUACCUCUGGUUCCGGUUGAUAAACAAGUGGUAUAUGUACAGUCUGUGAUGAACCCUGUUUUCAUUGACAUGGAGAACAAUUUGGCCUUGGCCAAGUCUAACGAUGAGCGUGCAUUACUGCAAAUACACCAUGACAUUAUGGCUCUGGGUACUCUUGCACGUGGUUUCUCGGACUGGACUCCAGGUUCUCAAAUGACCAACUCCGCUGCUAAGGUUUCCCCUGAGGUCUCCGAUGUGUUUGGCCAGGUGGCUGAGGCGACAUUGAUUGCUCUUGAGUCGCUCAAAGGAUCCUUCGAAGUGAGGACUGCAGCACGGUUCACAUUUUCGCGCGUGAUAGGAAUUGUUGGGUUGAGACUACUUCCACAGUUGCCUAGAUGGAUUGAAGGAUUACUGACGGAGACUUCUUCCAAAGAUGAAAUGGCGCUCUUCCUACGAUUGCUGGACCAGAUAAUCUAUGGUUUCAAGUCAGAGAUAUACGGAAUCCUUGAUACCCUUCUCACCCCCUUUCUACAGCGCGUUUUUGCUGCUAUCUCCGAGACCACUGCAGGAACAGACGAUGAAAUUCAAAUGGCAGAAUUGAAGCGAGAGUAUCUCAGCUUCUUGUUGGCCUUGUUGAAUAAUGACCUCGGCUCUGUUCUCAUUAGCCAAGCCAAUCAACCAAUGUUCGAAUCGGUCAUUACCACCAUUGAGCACUUCGUCAAAGACGUCGAGGACCCGACGACGGCAAAAAUGGCGUUCUCGGUUUUGAUAAGCAUGGCCAACGCUUGGGGCGUAUCUGAAUCAGCAAAUGCAUCUCAGAAUGCCAUACCUGGAUUCAACCAAUUCAUGUUCACCCGAUUCUCCCCGUUGUCAUGGGCACUACCAAGCUCUUCGGGCUUUAACCCCAAAGACGGCCAAACAAGAAAUGUACUGCAAGAAGCAGGAGGAUUACAGCAAUCAAUUUAUUCUAAGGCUGGCACGGAGUAUGUUGAUUAUCUUCGCGGCCAAGAACUUCCUGGAAUGGGCAUGGGACCGGAUUUGGUGGGAGAGUAUUUGAAUGCUUUGACCUCACUAGACGUUAAAGGAUUCCGGAACUUCUUCCUGUCAUUCAUCCAGCGCCUUAGCUCCUAAACCGGAUCCUAAUCUCACCGGACCGUACUCCUUGUUCUGUUGAUGCGAGAGUGAAAAAAGCAUCCUGCGCCACUUAGAUUCCCCUGUUAUUGUUUUCAUUGGUACAUAUUCUGUCAUGUGCAUUGCAUGGCGCUUACGCCCUCAACACAUUCUUCCUUUUUCAAGAAACAAAAUAUCAACACAAAAUAUAUUUUCUUUACGAUAUAACUGAUGAAUAAUACUACGAUGCGGCGAGGAAUGAGAAUACGAGAUAUAAACGGUCAAAGCUACGGCAUGUCUUUGGUUAGGUGACUUAUGAGUUGAAUCAGGACUCGAGUGUGACUUUGUCAGCGUCUACCCUGUUGUUUCCAAGGUUAACUAUCACAUUAACGAAUGAAGACCUCGGGGAUGUUCAGGAGUGAAUUCAAUAUUUGAUCAAGUAUAUUAGGCAAUCGCUCUACGUAUUCAUCUUUUAUAAGACCACGUUAGUUGUAUCAAGGACAUUAUAUUCGAGACUCCUUAUUUUUGCCUGCUUCUAAAGUACGAUUUCUGCUACGGGGAUAAACCUAGUUAGAGAUCAUCAUCUUCCGCUGAGAAAUCCGAACAAAAGAACGGAAGGGGAGAACGCACUACUCAAACAAAUACUUGGCCGCAUGCUCAACAUGAUCAUCGGAAAAUGUAGCCAUAGUAUAAUAACUAUGAUCAUAAUCCGCUUGAUAGCGAAUAUUCACGCCCGUCACGCCGGCUUCUGAGGCGGCUUUGGCGAAGUUUUCGGGGAGGAGUUGGCCUUGUUGGUAAAAGUUGUCGCCGGUUCC